AUGGCACCCAUUCCAAUAUAUGUUAAAGGUGGUGUUUGGACCAAUAUUGAAGACCAAAUCGUAAAAGCGGCUGUUCAAAAAUAUGGUACACAUCAAUGGAACAAAAUUGCUUCCCUGCUACAGAAGAAAACUGCUAGGCAAUGUCAAAUCAGAUGGGAUGAGUUCUUAAACCCAAGUCUAAAUUUUAAAGAGUUUUCCAAAGAUGAAGAUGCUAAGCUAUUAGAUUUGGCAAGAAGGCUGCCGAAUCAAUGGAGGACCAUUGCUGAUUUAAUGGGUCGCACAGCUCAAUUUUGUAUUGAAAGAUACAACAAACUCCUGUCAUCGGAUGAAGACGGGGAAGAAGAGCUUGGAUUAAGCUCUUCUUUGGACUUCAAGAUUGGUGAUGUGAACCCAAAUGCGGAAACACAAAUAGCUAAAGCUGAUAAGGAAGGAUUGGAUGAUGAAGAAAGGGAAAUGCUAGCUGAUGCAAGGGCACGUCUCCUGAACACUCAGGGUAAGAAGGCAACAAGGAAGAUUAGAGAAAGAAUGUUGGAAGAAUCUAAGAGGAUAGCCCAAUUGCAAAAGAGAAGGGAAUUAAAACAGUCAGGAAUCAAUACAAAAAUUUCCAAGGGAAAAAAGAAGUAUGAAUCUGAAAUCGAUUACAAUGAAGAUAUUGCAUAUGAACAACCACAAAUAGCGGGUUUAUAUGACACAUCAAAAGAGAAGGCCAAGAUCGAUUUCGAUUUUGAAAGAUUUGAGAAAAAGGUUGAUAAAAUGGGCAUGAGGAAUGAGAGAGAAACUAUCGAAAAAAGAGAAAAGGGUAGGAGAAAAAGGAGACAAGAAAUUGAACCUCAACCUAGACUUACAAAAAUAGACGACAGCAUAUUGCUUAAUGAUUUUAAGAAACCCAAACUUAUAUUGUCUAAACCCGGCAUAGAAUUAGUACAAGGAGAGACAAUUGACCGCAAAAGACAGCGUUUACUAGAUUCAAAGCAAGUAGGAACCGUUCUCAAGAGGGAAUCUCAAGAACAUGAACUGCCCGUUUUAUACUCGGGAAAUAACUACAAUCCUGACGAUGUAGACUUAAGGAAAACACAAUUGUCCCGUAAACAAAAGGCAUCUUAUAUUGCUCAAUUAUUCAAGACGUUGCCUAAUCCAAGCAAUAACUUUGAAAUAGAUAUGGAAGAUCUCGAUGAAAGUGAGGACGAAAUAAAUGAUGAAAGCAACGUUGCCCCAAAUCUAACUUCGGAGCCUGAUGAAACUGAAAGUAUUCUACUUUCAAACCCUCCAAUCCCCAUCAUUGAAAUAUCAUCUUUAAAGAAUGAAGGCGAGCUCCCGAUACCAGAUAUUAUCGACCUACCAUCUACUGAAAUCGAGAAGGAGUUUAACCAUUUAGUAAUGUGUGCACUUACCAGUUCUGAUUAUGAUGACAUGGCAUCAUUUUCGGAGUAUUAUCAACAGGUUACAAACGAACUAACCCAGAGAAGUCAGGAACCUAAAUUGGAUUCUCGUUCUUAUUCUACCAUGGCCGUUGAUCUUCCGCCACAAGCUGAAUUAUUGAAGGCGGUUAAUGCUCAAAUCGAAAGUGUACAAACCCUUCAGGACAAACUACUGUUUGUUCAACCAUUAGUCAAGGAAAAUGAAUAUUUAUGUAAGGAGUUAUGCGGAUCAACACUUCCGAAGAUAAGAACUUCACAAGGAAGAUAUUUUGUUGAUUACAAACUUUACCAACAAGAAAUGGUAGGAAUAAGCUCAAGAAAGACGCGAUUACAGAAUUAUGUUAACGAAUCAAAAUUGGACUAA